AGAGCUCCAGUUGCUCCCCAUUAGAGCAACUGGUUCCAAUAAGCGUCAGAGAAUCCACGUCCUUUUUUCCCCCCGAGAGACGGCCGCCGUGGAAAGAGGAUGCUGCAGACACGACUGAUGAUGCGUUCAGUGUCAUCUACACAGGAACAUUGACUUUCUAGACAUAACUUAAAACUCGUCAAUUCGAUUUUUCUUUAUUUUUUUCAAAUAUAAAGACAAAUAUUGAAACAAUCUUAAGGUCGUCUGAGAUCCACCUCUGCCCCGGAAAGUGAGUCUUCUUCUCUGCGCCGUUAUGAGUGCCCUGCUGCCGGCGUGGCUGUGGCUGCUCGGCCUCUUUCCUCUGGAGAUUCAGUCCCGAGCUUUGACUCUGCACAGCCUCACUCACAGACACAGGUCGGCUCUACUCAGACCCUCCAAACACCCGAAGCCUUCUUUCACUACCAUCACGCCUGCUGUGUCUGACCUCUUCGUUGCCACUGACAACCACUUCACCCAUGGAGACAGACACAUCAUCUGGAGGGCCCUGCUGCACAAGGAGCCCCGGUUGAAAUUGUUCAACCCGUCGCCUGAUGAAAGCAGGCUGGUGCUGCGGGAAGGGCCCGUCGGCCUGCUCAGGUCGCGAGGUCGCCGCCACGCAAACAGCGGCGGCACAAGAGGCCACGGUCAUCUGAUGAGGGUGGGGUGUGUCCUGGGCACCUGUCAGGUUCAGAACCUCAGCCACCGUCUCUACCAGCUGAUUGGACAGAGCGGGAGAGAAGGCUCCUCCCCCAUACACCCCCGCAGUCCUCACAGCUAUGGCUAAGACUGCACAUCGAGCUAGCACAAUGCUUUUACAGAUAAACACUGGAAAGCUGUAUCAGUGAACCAACGAAGAGAGGAAAACAGGCCUUUGAUUUCUCCUAAAAUGAUGUCUCAUGUACAAACAAUCGCAGGCUGGAUUAUAUUCUUUUUUUCUUUGGUUAAAUAAUCUAUCCUCUCACGUGCUGCGCCAGAGUUACGAUGGAUAACU